AUGGCAAUGUUAAUUACCGUUGCUCAAUGGGAAGUGAUUGGUGUAUCCGCAAUUGACCCGAUUGCAGCCACAGGAAAAGAAGCAAUGAUUGAGUUGUACAUGCAUGACAUUCAAGGAGGAAGUAGCCCAACAGCUAGGCCAGUUAUCGGCUUGCUGGGCAACAUUUACAGCGGGCAAGUGCCUUUUGUGAUGCCAACAGGAUUCAACAUCCCGCAAGGUCAGACUGCUGUCUCCAAUGCCAAUGGUGCUCUUCCAACUGUCAACGGAGUAUUCGGGAUCCCACUUGGAACCGGCUUGGCUGGUACGAGCUUUGCAGGAGACUCAGGCAAUAAUAAGAACCAGAAUAAUGCCAAGUUGCAGUUAGGACCUGAUGGUUUAGGACUUGGUUUCGGCACAAUCAUUGUAAUUGAUGAUGUUUUAAUGGCUCAACCAGAGCUGGGGUCACAAAUAGUUGGGAAAGCUAAAGGAGUGUACGUGGCGAGUUUGGCAGAUGGGAGUAGACAAAUGAUGACAUUUACUGCCUUGUUCGAAGGAGGGGAGUAUGGAGACAGCCUUAACUUCUAUGGCCUGCACAAGAUAGGGAGCGCCGUGUCGCAGUUAUCAGUGAUCGGGGGCACAGGGAAGUUCAAGAACGCAAACGGUUUUGCAGAACUCAGAGCUCUUAUCCCCCCAGGACAGGUUUCCACUAAUGGAGCAGAGACAUUGCUAAGGAUCACUGUCUAUUUGAACUACUAA